AUGACUGAUUUUCCUCCGUUAAAGAAUGAUCUAAUUUUGCGUGCUGCGCUUGGUAUAUACGUCAAAUUAAAAUUAGCAAAAUUAGUCACACUUCAACCUAUUGACCGAUAUGAUGGCUUACUUGACGCCUCGAUAAUAUUUUCGGAUAUUCUCGUAGUACCUCAAGCAUUAGGGUUGGUUGUUGAAAUGUUACCCGGUCAAGGACCACAUUUUCCCGACCCUUUAGUAGUUCCUCAAGAUAUUGAAAAAUUACGUAAACAUGUAAAUGUAGAUGAGGAAUUGGGAUAUGUUUUCGAAGCUAUUACCGUGACAAGAAAAGCGUUGAAUGGACGAGUUCCUUUAAUAGGAUUUAUUGGUGGACCUUGGACCUUGAUGGGGUAUAUGAUUGAGGGAGGGGGUAGCAGUACUUUAUCAAAAGCCAAAACAUGGUUAUUUAGUUAUCCAGAAGAAUCAAAGAGAUUGUUACAAAUGAUUACUGAUAUUUGUAUAGAUUUUUUAAUUGGACAAAUCAAAGCCGGAGCUCAGUCAUGGGGUGGUGAAUUAUCACCUUAUGAUUUUAAUAUUUUCUCAUUGCCAUAUCUUACUCAAAUAGCUGAUAAAGUUAAAACACAACUUAAACAGGAGGGUAUAGAAACAGUUCCAAUGAUCAUAUUUUGUAAAGGAUCUUGGUAUGCUCUUGAAUCUUUGUCUAAUAUUGGGUAUGAUACAAUUUCAUUGGACUGGACUAUUGAUCCAGCGUAUGCCAAGGCUAUUACCAAAGGCAGGGUCACACUUCAAGGCAAUAUGGAUCCCACUGUAUUGUAUGGAAGCCAUGAACAAAUUAGAACUACAGUUAAAAGGAUGCUUGAAGCUUUUGGUACUGACGAAAGAUAUAUAGUAAACCUUGGUCAUGGCAUUUUACCCACAGUUGAUCCGGAGAAUGUCAAAGUAUUUUUAGAAACUGUUCACAAAGUUGGAUUAGAGUUGAACAAUAAGACUAUAAAUUGA